GAGUUCUGCUUCAACGGCGUCUUAGAGUUUUUAUUAGAUGGUGAAUGGUUUCUUGAGGAGUGAGUGCUACUUUGCUCGCUGGGAGGGAAAAAGCUAUUGAAAAUAAAUCAGUGUCGUAAACAUGAAACCACAAGUUUUAGCUUGAUCGCUGCAGUCCUCUGUGUACAUUGGAACAACAGCUUGUUUUCCUUCUCUACAAAGAUUUAAUCAUAUCUCCGGAAACACAAAGCUGAGAAAGAAAAGCCGGGGACAAACACCGCAGGUAACCCCGUAUUAGCCAAAGUUGUGACUUGAUUACCUUUGGCAGCCCCAUCACCUGUUGUCAUCGCCAUAACAAUGGAGGUUUCUCACCGUGAAGGUAGAAACCGCUAGCGGCGGUUAUUACUGUUUGAAAAGUAGAGAACAUUGAAAACUGUCCUUCACGGACUGCUUGUCCAUGGCACUAGGCACGAGUAGAAACGAUUAACGCUGAUGAAUGCAACGUGGAGAAAUUAGGUGAGCACGAGCCACGGUGGCACCGCACGCCAUGGCGGGGCUCGACAGCCGCUCGUAAAAUUACAUUCAAUUAGUAUCGAGCGGCUGUGGCAGGAAAACAAGGAACGGGAUCUCUGGGAUCCGUAAUGCGGCGACAAUAAACACAAUAUUACCGGUGAGUGGUGCGACGGGAAAUACCGUGUGGCUAGGGAGUGGCAUGACUUGGAAUACAGUGGUACUCUGUGGUCGACUUAAAACAGUGAGGGUGAAUGACUUGAUGAAGACUUUCUCAUGAUGGACCUCAGAGCAAAGAAUAAUAUAAACUGUUCGUGUAGCUAAGCCCUCAAUCCCAUACAUUCAGAUUGCUAGGAAGCCCUUUAGCUCCGGUGGAGAACCUACUAGAAAAAGUGUCUUUUGUGGAAGUUUUUGGAUAUUAGUGAAGUGUCACAGUAAGAAGAUCCAAGAUGUAUCAGAUAAUGAUGAGCUACUUUCACGAGAAGAGGCGCUUCAAGCUUCUGAAGGACCGUUUGCAGGCAGGACUGACAGACGACGAGAGGAACUUUCUGGAAGCGGCUGAAAUCGGGAAUCUGGACACAGUGAAAGACCUUCUGGAAUCUGACCGAGUGAAGGUGGACUGUGUGGACCAGCAAGGACGCACGGCGCUGGAGCUGGCGGUGUCCGGCAACGAUGUCGAUGUUGUCGUCUACUUGCUGGAGAGGUCCAACCCCCGCAUCAUCCACAAAGCUCUGCUGUGUGCAGCAGACAACGACAUGGAGAGAAUAUCCGAGAUGCUGCUCGACCAUCCCAUCUACCGCCAGAGCCUACAGCGAUACAUGGAGGCAACAACCGACGCCUUUCUCCAGGCGGAAGAUAUGCCGCUGCAACCGGAAGUCCGUAUAAGGACGGGUGGCGACACGCCGGAAGUCAAGCUUGAAGAUGAAGAUGAAGAUGGCUUUUUCUCUCUGGGAAAUGUCAGCAAGCUUCUAAGAGAGGUCUUACUGAGGGCCGCCAAGAGAAACAACUUCCAGAUCGUGAAGAAGAUCAUGAUGCACGGCGUGUUCCUGGAGGAGCCUCAUGACUACUUCUGCUCCUGCCACGAGUGCACAAUAUGGCGACGAGAAGACUUCAAGGUUGGCCGCCAUUUGCAUGUCCUGGGUAGUGAGACAGGUCUCUGUGACCUGUAG